UUUUCUGAGGAUACUGGACAAGGAGAACUUGAGCAGCACUGCUGUUGUGAAGAAGAGCUUCCUCUCCGACCUUCUGCGGGUCUACACCAAAUCCAGCGGUGGCGAUGAGGAAUAUAUUUAUAUGAACAAAGUGACCAUCCAUAAACAGCAGGGUGACCAGGAGAAACAAGACAAAGUGCUGGAUCGGAGAAACUCCCUGACCAAUGGAGACUCAGGACUGCAUUCGUCCCCUCCUCAGAAGAGCCUGCCGGACCUCCCCCCUCCAAAGAUUCCUGAAACAAAGCAACCCCUGGCCCCCAAGGUCGAAUCCCCGGAGGGAUAUUACGAAGAGGCUGAGCCGUAUGAUGUCUCCGUAAAUGGUCUGUUUGGUAGGCUUGCUGCGGCUGGACCCAAGCCAGGGUUGCAGGUUACUGAGGGCGUUAUUUAUGCCACAAUAACGAUGGAAGAUGGUGAAGCCGUUAGUAGCUCCUAUGAAUCUUAUGAUGAAGAAGAGACCAGCAAAGGCAAGUCAGCAACCCAUCAGUGGCCAUCCACAGAAGCCACCAUUGAGCUGAUGAAGGAUGCCCGCAUCUGUGCGUUCCUGUGGAGAAAGAAGUGGCUGGGACAGUGGGCAAAACAGCUGUGUGUUAUCAAGGACACCAGGUUGCUGUGCUACAAGAGCUCCAAAGACCACAGCCCUCAGCUCGACGUGAAUUUGCUGGGCUGCACUGUCAUUCACAAGGAAAAGCAAGUGAGGAAGAAAGAGCACAAGCUGAAGAUCAUCCCCAUGAACGCCGAUGUCAUCGUGCUGGGGCUGCAGAGUAAAGACCAGGCAGAGCAGUGGCUCAGGGUAAUCCAGGAGACCAGCGGUCUGCUGUGCGAAAGCAGUGAAGGCAACCAGUACAUCCCAGAUUCACAGCGUCUCAGUUACCCAAAGGUGGAGGUAUCCGAGAGGUGCUCCGCAGCCUCCGAGAGUGGGAGCAGCACGGACGGCCACCCGGAGACAGCUGAGACAAAAGACGUCAAAAAGAAAGGCACAACCGGCCUGAAACUGAGCAACUUGAUGAACCUCGGGAGGAAAAAAUCCAGCUCCCUGGAUAGCCCAGAGAGAUCCCUGGAGACUUCAAGUUACCUGAAUGUGCUAGUGAACAGCCAGUGGAAGUCCCGUUGGUGUCAGAUAAAAGAUGGUCACCUCCAUUUCUACCAGGACAAGAAUCGAAGCAAACUGGCUGAGCACCCCCUGAGUUUGGCAGGUUGUGAAAUUAUCCCAGAGCCAAGCCCGGAUCAUCUCUACUCCUUCCGCAUCCUGCACAACGGGGAAGAACGGGUUGUUAUGGAGGCAAAGUCCUCGGAAGAAAUGGGCCACUGGCUGGGCCUCCUCUUGUCGGAGUCAGGUUCAAAAACCGACCCGGAGGAAUUUACCUACGAUUACGUGGAUGCUGACCGGGUUUCCUGCAUUGUGAGCGCCGCGAAGAACUCCUUCCUCUUAAUGCAGAGGAAGUACUCUGAGCCCAACGCCUACAUCGACAACCUGCCGAAGGGCAGGGUGCAGCAGGAGGAGCUGUACGAUGACGUGGAUCUGCCAGACCCGCCGCUGGAAGAAGUACCCAAGAGCGAGAGCAAAUUGGAGGGAGACCAAGACAGAGUGUACCUGGAUCUCACCCCGGUGAAAUCCUUCCUACACUGUGCUGGUAAGAAGUCAUGUCAGCCUUCACCCCUCAGCUCACCGUCUUUAGAAAGGGCUGCCAACAACAAGGCUGCAGCAGAGAGCCCAGCUGAGACAGACCCCGUGGCUAAGGAAGCCGAGCCCUGCAGUAAGGCAACGGAGACCUUGGAGCAGAAACACCCAGAGAAGCUGGAGCCCGAGGAGGCACCACCACGGAUGCCCGCCAUCAAAAUCCAGGCGCAGCAGCAGAACAUCGCCUUCCCCCAGCCGGCCCCCGAGCUGCCAGUGGGCACGGUGACGGCAGGCACGGUGACGGGGGGCAGUCCCCAGCUGCUGCCCGCACACCGGCCCAAGCUGCCGCUGCCGGCAGCAGCAGUGGAAACCAAGCUGGGCAAGAACAGGACGGAGGCAGAGGUGAAGCGGUUUACAGAGGAGAAGGAGCGGCUGGAGAAGGAGAAGGAUGAAAUCCGGGCUCAGCUCACCCAGCUGCGCAGGGAGAGGCGGGAGGGGAAGGAAAUGCUUGCAGGCAGCACAGACAAGAUCCUGGAGCAGAGGCUGAAGGAGAUAGAAGAGGAGUGCAAAAAGAAGGAGAGCCGGAGGGUGGACCUGGAGCUGAGCCUGGUGGAGGUGAAAGAGAACCUGAAGAAGGCAGAGUCUGGCCCUGUGACGCUGGGCACUGCUGUGGACACCACGCACCUGGAGAACGCAGCCCCCCGGAUCCAGGCAAAAAGUGCCAGUCCAGCAAGUAGCACAGAGAACUCACCAGUCAAUUCAGCAACGGCUUUAAAAAACCGGCCUUUAUCCGUCAUGGUGACGGGGAAGGGAACAGUCCUACAGAAAGCUAAGGAAUGGGAGAAGAAGGGAGCUAGUUAGAACCACAUUUUUCAGAGAUGGACUAAAGACUGGAAUUGCCUAUGCAUGGCCAAGGGGAUUCAAUCAUCUGUAGGUGGAGGUUGGGUGUGCAAC